AUGCGUUCAGCCAUUUCUAUUCUAAUCUGCUCCUUGUAUGCACUUUGCGCUGUUGACGCCACAUCCAUCUCAGAGGGAGGAAAUACUUUAGUUGAGAAAGAUAUUAUCAAGGCUGCCGAACCUCAACAACUUUGGUCCGAAGUCAAGAGUGAUGACGAUGGUGAAGUCGACCACAAGGACGGCAAGGACGGCAAGGGUGGCAAAGGUGGCCACAAAAGCGAUGAAUAUGCUACCCGUUCGGUUUCCAUCCUGAUUGGAUCUAGCACCUUUGCCAUUCCCUGCUUGGGAGCCGGUUCUAUCGUUGAUAUUAACGGCUUUAUACCCAUUGCAUUUCCUUCACUUCUGCCCAUUGCAAGUGAUGAGCUGAUUUCUUUGAUGGCGCCUUUUUCAAAGGUGCUUUCGAUAUAUUUAAAAGCCGAGUUCUUCACUGUGCAUUCUUUGUAUUUUCAGGAUGGCUUGUUCAUGGAGCAUUCUCUGUAUUUGCUAGAUGGUUUGUUCAUGGAGCAUUCUUUAUAUUUGCAAGAGGGCUUGUUCACGGUGCUUUCUUUAUAUUUGAAAGACGGCUGA